UGUUUUUUUUUUUUAAAUCAGUCGGAAAAAUAUUUUAUUUUGAAAAAGGACCGGAUCCACCCGUGUGUACGUCUGAGCCGCGUUCAGGAGUCUUAAAGUUCGGGUUUAUCGCUGCAGGCGAGUCUCACGCGCCGAACCCUCUGCUGGCGGCACAUUUCAGUGACAAAGAAUCUUCAAACAGAUUCAACCUGCUCAAUGAAUUCUGUCACUUCAGGGAAAUGACAACUGGUUUCAAGUUGGCCGAUGAAGUCGCUGCUGUGGGCGAGUGAACAGCGGAACAUUCUACAUGUUUCAGACGUUGACCGGGUGGAAGAGGCUUUUAAAAGAGUUUGAGCGGUACUCCAACCACAAAAGACCCGACUGCAACAGAAUAGACCUGCAACCCAUUUGUAAACAAACCCACCCGGUGAAUCGAGCCCGUCCGAGCUAGAAAAAAAUGUGCUGGAGAUGCAAAUGACCGUGGCCUUAAGGGACAUUUCACACAACAACUCUGCCGGUGUUCUAAUGACAGCGACCAGAACUCGGUGAGGAGCAGCGGACCAAACACACGUCUGUCGCCGUCUCCAUUAGCGGCUCGUUGCAGGAAGCCUCUCCCUGGUCUGGAGCAGUGAGCCUGAGAGGGAACGUUGUGGCAUUGGUCUGCUGUUCAGUGUUGCUUAGCAAGCCAUAGCUGGCGCCAUGGCGUUGUCAUUCAAGAAGGACCUGGAGAAGUACAAGGACCUCGACGAAGAUGAACUCCUCAACAAUUUGUCGGCGGAGGAGCUCAAACAGCUGGAGACGGCCCUGGAAGAGAUGGACCCUGAGAAUGCUCUUCUCCCAGCGGGCUUACGCCAGAAGGACCAGACGGCUAAGCAAGACACCGGGUCAUUUAACAGGGACGGCCUUCUGAAAUACCUGGAGAAGGAAGCCAUGGACUACAAGGACAGAGACGACAUACUGUCCUUCAGUGGGGAGAGAAAAGGUAAAGCAUUUGUUCCGAAGCUGAAACCGAUAGAAACACGCCAAGAAGAAGUCACAACCCUGGAUCCAGAAUUAGAGGAAGCCCUAUCCAGUGCCACAGAUACAGAACUGUGUGAUCUAGCAGCGAUCCUGGGUGUUCACACGCUGGUCACCAGCAGCCAGACUUACGAUGCAUCCAAAGAUGGUUUCAACAAUGUGAUCAAAGGGGAGAAGAUGAACCCGGUGUUUGAUGAGCCUCCCAAUCCCACCAAUGUAGAAGACACUCUGCAGCGAAUAAAAAGCAAUGACGGCUCCUUAACAGAGGUCAACCUCAACAACAUCAAGAACAUUCCAAUACCCGCGUUGAAGGACUUCGCUAAAGCCAUGGAGAAGAACACAACGGUCAAGAAAUUCAGCCUGGCAGCAACCCGGAGUAACGACCCAAUCGCUGUGGUGUUCGGUGAAAUGCUGCGAGAGAACAAGACGUUGCAAAGUUUGAACUUGGAGUCCAACUUCAUCACCGGGGCAGGCGUGCAGGCUUUGGUUGAUGCAUUGCGAGACAAUGAAACCCUCACAGAGAUCAAGAUAGACAAUCAGAGGCAGCAGCUGGGUACCACCGUGGAGAUGGAGAUUGCUAAGAUGUUGGAAGAGAACCACAGCAUAGUGAGGUUUGGCUACCACUUUAACCAGCAAGGACCUCGCUCCAGAGCUGGCGCAGCGAUCACGAAGAACAACGACCUGGGUAUGACACACACACUCUCACACACACACAAUCAUUUGAGAUUUGUUUUAACUUGCAAAAACCAGGUGACUUGUUGUUGUCCAUUAUGCUAUCUUUCCACCGGUAUCGCUCUCUUUGGAAGAAUGAGUCAGAACAAUUCCAACAUCCCUGCGUCCAUCUGUCUCUACGAUGUUGUUUUUCCCACAAGACGUCGGUCACCAGUGAUGACCCUUUGCUCUCUUUUAGUUCCCCGUCCUGUCAGAGUCGAGCUAGCACAGUCCGCAAGAGGCGAGUGGAGGGGGACGUGUAGGGACGGAGCCCGACCCGCCUCCCAGCCAAUCCUCUGCUUUCAUCUCACCAUGUGGAAUAAUUUCAGCCAAUGCCCUGGUCUCAUCUCACUGUGUGGAAACUUAAGUCUUGUGCCAAACUGUGGGGCAAGGCGCCCUCAACCGGAACAUACAUCUGAGAAGAAGGGAAAUAACUGGAAUUGCCCUCCCCCAUUCACAUGUUCAUACUUAUUUUUAUUAUGUAUUGUUAUUGAAGGUGUAAAUCGGAUAAGCUUUUAGUCAUUUGGUUUUUCGGAGCCUUUACGUGAUCUGUCCAGACUUCCCACUGCUUUUUGCUUUUCUACUUCGCGAUAAUCAUGUGGAAUAAACAUGCACAUUACCAAGUAACGCACACAACAAUAACAACAGCAGCUCUGUUGAAACCAUAACUACCAUAGAAGGAGCCCUGUAUACAGUGUAGUUUGAGGCCUACGCUCCCAGUGGAAUACCUGUAGUGAAGAAGCAGAAUUUGACAUUAGGACGAUGGAGACGGCGCUGAAGUCGAUGUUGACUUCAGCGCCAGAAAGGGACGUGAAGCCAAAGUCAGACCAGUCUGUGAGAACCACCGCUUACUGGCAGGAUGGUGAUCGUCCGUCAGUCAUACGGUAACAUCAGUCACCAUGUGAUCAGACCAUCAUUUAUUGGGGUUGCCUUGUAAAGCCAGCUUGACCUGUGUGUUUAACGGUCAGCUGAUCAGAUGCUGGCUCACUCUCUUAUGGGAAAUUAUGUUGAUACAAUUAAACGGUUUUAUUCUAACUAAACAUCUUGUUUUCAUCCAGUUAAAAUGCUUAUGUUGGUUCUUAUUAUCAAUGUUGUCCCUUAACAGGAAAUUCUAACUAGGUCUGGAUAUUUCGGAUCAAGUAAUAUUGGGAUUGUACUGUAAAAGUAACGGGCUAUGAACCCGCGUCUCGGCUGACGAGGCUUUGACCUGCUGGUCCGAUGGAUGUUGUGGACGUCUGCUCGACCCACGGGGUUUCUCUGGUGUUUCACCAUGCCAAAGACUAACGCUUGCAGUGCUCACAGCAUCAAUAUGUAACCAGGUGGUUAUCGCUUCAGGUUUCAGUCAUUUUCUCGCAGUGAACACGGCGACAACGAUCUCGAUCACAUGACGCCAUUACAUUUUGUGUUUCCAUUUUUGGGGGCCAUUUACAGCCCAAUGUUCAGCAAGUAGUUCACUGACAUGUGAGGAGCAGUCGGCAAACACAAUUUCUGUUUUGCGUCCCAGGACCACAGAUGUUUCUUUGAGCGGCGUCUCCCAGGCAGAAAGGCUUCUUCCAUGUCGCCCCGCGCACCCUCCGUCACACUUCCCCUCUGUCGCGCUCUGCAGCAUCUCGGCAGUAGCAUGUCAUUCAUCGUGUGACGGAUAACAUGCUCUGCGUGCCUCAAACUGAACUUCCUGAGGAACACUGACCUGCUUGUGAUGGGGUUUACAGGACUAAUUCAGGAUUACUUGAAACUUGUAGAUACUGUUUAAUGUGUAAUAGGAACAAUAAGCGGGCACGAGAUCACUCGUGAACAUCGUGUUUCCAUCGACCAAAACCUUUUCCUUUAGCCUUACGGCCUCACAUUCCUUGUUCUAACGACUGAGUUCAGUACGUUGGGUUUUUGGAUCUGAGGACUUUGUCCACUGUCAUAUCUGCUAGUAUUUCUUCUUGGACCUUUUGGUUUUCACAUUCUUGUGCUUUGCCGGUGGGCAUUCAGCUAAAGUGGAAAAGUGCUUCUUUGCCUGGGCUUGAUACAAAUAUUCUGUGAUUCAUAAAAUGUAUAUUCAUUGUAAAAUGCCAUCUCAAAAUACAAAGUGAAUAUACACGUGCACACACUUUUAAGUUUCGACAAAACUGAAACUUUUUUUGUUUUUUCAAAACCCGGGUUUAGACUCAACAUAAGGAAUAUGUUACUAAAAUGAAACCACACGGCUGGUAAGAUGCACUGCUGAAUAUACGAUAUCCUCAAUAAUAAAUGUUUUUACAUACUCAA